AUGGAGGAUUACAAUACAGCUAUGAAGAGAUUGAUGAGGAGCCCAUAUGAGUAUCAUCAUGAUCUGGGGAUGAACUAUACAUUGAUAAGAGACGAACUGAUCGUUGGUUCGCAACCGCAGAAACCCGAGGACAUAGAUCACUUGAAAAAGGAAGAGAAUGUUGCUUACAUACUGAACUUGCAGCAAGACAAGGACAUUGAGUAUUGGGGAAUCCAUCUGGAAUCAAUUGUCAAAAGAUGUAAGGAGCUCGGAAUCCGUCACAUGAGAAGGCCCGCUAAAGACUUCGAUCCACUUUCGUUAAGAAGCCAGCUUCCGAAAGCCGUUUCUUCUUUGGAAUGGGCGGUUUCGGAAGGUAAAGGACGAGUCUACGUGCAUUGCACAGCCGGAUUGGGAAGAGCUCCAGCGGUUUCAAUCGCUUAUAUGUAUUGGUUCUGUGACGUGAACCUGAACACGGCUUAUGACACAUUGGUAUCAAAGCGUCAAUGCGGGCCUAGCAAAGGAGCUAUCCGCGGCGCGACAUAUGAUCUGGCCAAGAACGAUCCGUGGAAAGAGCCCUUUGAGAAUCUGCCUGAGAACGCAUUCGAGGACAUUGCAGAUUGGGAAAGGAAACUGAUUCAAGAACGUAUCCGGGCCCUCCGCGGCACCUGA